AUGAAAGCAUCAUCACGUUUCUUCGAAAAAAAACCUGACGAUGCUACUUUUCAAAAUCAAUUCAAUCUUACAUUAGGUACGGAUUCUAAAUUCACCUCGAAUUUCUACGAAAUUUUGAUUUCAGACGUAAUAAAAUCUUCAUUAAAAGUAUAUAACGUUACAAUUUCACCAGAAGUUAGAAAUGAAGAAUUGGCAUGCAAGAUUGUAUAUAGUUCGACGUGUCCUGAUGAAGGUUAUCGCAAAGAUAGUCCUUCUUGGAACUCAAUGGUCUUUAAUGGCAGAGAUAUGAUCAUUUCCAAGAAGCCAAUAUCAGCCACUCCAUGCGUUAUCGAAGGAUCGAGUUAUAAUGUUGUUUUAAGCGAAGCACGCGAAUGUUCAGAGCAAGAUCUUAAAUUUUUAUACUUCAGAGUUAUAGAAAACGCUUUAAUCAAACUUGGAUACCAGCAGUAUGAAAGUGGAUGGUUGAAAUCGCAUCCAGACAAAAUUGUUCAACAUUUAAAGCUUUAUUACGUUUUUAACACUCACAUCCAAUCAAUUGAUGGUAAAAUCGCCAUUAUUAUCGAUAUACAACCUGUUGUUAUGAGAAAUACGACUCUUUCCGAUGUUUUGAAGAAUCAACACGAUCGAGACAAAAUUGACGAAGUUAUCAAGAAGCUAACAUUCGCCACAAACUACGGACAUAAGAGAAAUGUUCAAAUUAGCAAAAUUAUAUGGAAUUCACCUCCAUUAAUUCAUUAUAACCAGAAAGACGUUUCUAUUGCAGAAUUCUACAAAUUCAAAUACGACAUUACAAUAGAUGAGUCACAACCAUUCGCAGAAAUACGUGUGAAGCGUAAUAAUCAAAAUUCUGUUGAUUAUAUUCCUUCUUCUUUAUUAAUGCAGAUAGGAGUACUCGAUAACGAGAAAUUCAACAAAUCAUUGAUGAGAGAUCUUCAAAGAUAUGCUCAAAUUCAGCCAAUUGAUAUCCAUAAAAUUGGAAAAUUUUUUUUGGACGAAUUUGCAGACGCUCAGCUACUUAAAGACUUUGGAAUAUCAAUAGGAUCACAAAUUACCUUCGAUGGAAGAGUUAUUUCACCUCCAUUCCUUAAAUUCAGAUCAUCAAAUCAAGAUUCGGAAUUUGUUGAUGUUCAGAUCAACAAUCGAUGCUCCGUGAAGAACGAACUCAAUAAGAACCAGAUUGUUCUUCCUCCAAUCAUCACAACUUCCCCAUUAAUUAUAUGUGAGAAAAAGAGCGAAAAAGUAUCAAUCGAACUGAAGAACCAAAUCAUUAAGACCAUGUCCAAGCUCGGCGUCAACAUUUUACCGCCUGAUUUUACGUUUUCGGACGGACCAUCAUUUACAACUGCGAUUUCUCAGGCCAUUGCUCAUGCAGGAGUUCCUUCUUUUAUUAUUUGUGUCCUCCCCGAUGGAAAUUCCCAGUUAUAUUCAACAUUGAAGAUCUUUUUGACUUCAUCACUUGGAAUUCCAUCAUCCUUCGUUACAGACGAGAGUUUAGUAGCAAAUAAACAAUCCAUGGACCAAAUCGCCACCGACAUGUGCUUGUCCAUCAUCUGCAAGACUGGUGGAGUUCCAUUUUACGUCAGUCCUGUUUCUUUACCGUUAAGAAACACUGUUUUUGCAGGUUUCGAGGUCAGUCAGACCAAUGUAGCUGCUGUAGCAAGCUACGACAACACUUUUGCUCGAUAUCUCUGCAAGACAGAAUCGACAACCGAUGUUCCUGCCUUUUUCGGGAACUUCUUUUACAAUUUGAAUGCGGAAAGAAUUGUUGCAUUCACUUCUUUAUCACCACGCGAUGUACGAAAGAUCGUUGACAAAAUAGGAAGUGUCUGCAAGUCAUUGACAGUUAUCUCUGCAUCAAGAAAAGACGGUGUUGUCUUAUUGACUGAUACAGAAAGGCCACAACCAGCAAUGGCAGGUUCAUGUGUCUCCAUUAAUGGUUCUUUGUUCAUUUCAUGUGUUUCGUCAGGAAAAGACAACGCAAGGCCAACAAUGUACACAGUAGCAUACCACUAUCCAAGGAUAUGGACUGAUGACCAACUGGCUGCAAUGAUACACUACCUUUCUGUAGCUUACCCUAUUUCUCUGGAAAGCGCAACAAUGCCAACACCUUUGAAAUUCGCUAGAAAGGCUAUGAAAUCUUGCAAGAGAGCUACAUGCGGAAAGAAGAUUAAUGAUAACAUCGAGAAGUUCGCUUACUAUUUGUAA